UCCUCACAAACGCGCCGUUUACGCCAGAGCCGGCCAAAGCAGGAAGCGGAAUUAGCCCAAACUCCAGCAUGCUAGCGCAGUGAUCUCUGAAAUCAGCACAGAAACCUGCGGUCUGGAGGGGACAGUCCAACCGCGGAAACACUAAUCUGGAGAUUAUCAACGGAACCCACGGGAAAUAAGGCACCGCGGUUUUGCAGCUCAUGUUUGAACAGCUUUGGGAAGGUUUAGCCGGAUGCUAAGCUAUUCUGUUAGCAGCAGCAUCACUCCUGCUCGCUUCUAGCUUGCAGAUGUUUUUGCUUUAUUUAGCUACAAAACAUAAAUUAUAUUGGCGAUCAGGAAGAUAGCUAGCAUCCACAGACAGAACUAUCUGCAGUAUGAACGGGCUCAGGUUAAGCAGAAACAGUAAACGCUUUUAAAUGAGGAUUUAAUCGGGGAGUGAAGUGCUGAGAUGUCGGAGGACAGGUGGUCAUGGACACUGACUGGAGCUACAGUAGCCGGGGUUUCGGCGCUGUACCUGCCCGCCGUGCAGCGAACAGUCCCCGGUGGAGAUUCAGGAGAGUUGAUCACCGCUGCUUGUGAGCUGGGGGUGGCCCACCCUCCUGGAUACCCUCUCUUUACCAUGCUGACCUCCAUAGCCCUCCACCUGCUGCCAGGCAGUUCUCCUGCACAUAGCGCCAAUAGACUUUGUGCUCUACUUGGGGCUGGGAGCAGUGGGGCUCUCUGCUACACUGUCUGCAGGUUGGCUGGACCUGGCCCGGGAGCCGUGCUGGCGGGAGGCAGCUUUGCCGUAUCCAGGCUGGUGUGGCAGUGGUCAGUAGUGGCAGAGGUGUUCUCCCUCAACAACCUAUUUGUGGGACUUCUCUUCUCCAUCUUAGCCUGCUUCCACACUGCAGAGUCUGUGGCUCAGAAAACAAAGUUUUCUCUGUGGGGGGCGCUGUGCUGUGGGCUCAGCUUGUGUAACCAGCACACUCUGGUCCUGUAUGUGCUCAUCAUCGUUCCCUGGGUGCUGCUCCAGCUCUACACUCAUAAUGGCUUAUGUUUUUCAGGUUUAGUUUCUCUGGGCCUGUGUUUCCUAGCUGGCUUCCUGCCCUACCUCUACCUGCCCAUCUCCUCAUUCCUGAACACAGCUCGCUGGAGCUGGGGAGACCAAACAUCCUUCGGUGGCUUGAUCACGCACUUACUGAGGACAGAGUAUGGCACAUUUAGCCUGGCAAAAUCAGAGGGAGGUGCUAACCUGCUCAAGAUGCUGCAGGCCCAGUUGACUCACUGUGUGGAAGACCUCUCCAUUCCAGUGCUAAUAUUGGCAGGAUUAGGUCUGCUGCAUGCUUCUUUGAGAAGGAGGCACUGUGCUUUUGCGUGGCUGUUUGCUGCUAUGGUCGGCCUCUAUUCUGUGUUCUUUGCCUGGAGAGCCAACCUGGACAUUGAGAAGCCGUUGCUGCUGGGGGUGGUGGAGCGGUUCUGGCUGCAGGCGGAUGCUGGGGUUUGUGUUCUGGCUGGUGUGGGGCUGAGCUGGUCUGUGUGCUGGUUGGAGAAGCGACUGGGCCGGGGAGCUGUGUGGAGCACAGGGGCGUGGAUUAUCACUGCUGGACUGCUUUUACAAAUGAUUCACUCAAACUAUACAGAAUGUGAUCAGAGCAGUAAUGAGGUUGUGGAAAAGUUUGGUCACGAGGUUGUGCGUUCGUUCCCGAAUGGCUCAGUGGUGCUGACACGAGGGGAUCUGCCUGGCAACACCCUUCGUUACCUGCAUUACUGCCGGGGCCUGCGGCCUGACAUCAGCCUCGUUGACCAGGAGAUGAUGACGUAUAGCUGGUAUGUGCCCAAGCUUCAUCAACAUCUUCAUGGAGUGAAGUUCCCCGGUCACCUCUGGGACCCAGUCAACACUGAGGAGAAAAAUAGUUUCAGCAUUGAGCAAUUUCUCCAGAAGAACAUGCACAGGCCUGUGUUUGCCUGUAUUGGGCUGUCGGAGGGGGACCCGAGCUGGGAGAGGACAUUCUCCCGGUGGCCGUGGGGGGUGUGUGAGCAGCUGGUGCCUGUUACCAGCCGCUUGCACCCUGAGGAGUGGGCACAGCACACACAGCGCCUUUACAACUGGAGCCAAACACAUGACAGCUUCCCCGCUGGCUCAUGGGAAAGAGUGGCCAAUGAGGAAAUGUGGCAGGCCAGGAUGAAAAUGGCAUUCUUCCUCUUUGACCUUGCGGAGAGGAUGGAGGGAGAGGGCCAGACUCGUCUCUAUGACCUCUCUUAUAACCUAUAUUGCCAAAUUGUGGAUGCCCAGGCUGACUACCCGUCCAAUUGGGAUAAGAAUUUGGCUCUGGCUGCAGAACGGUUGCUCCGCUCUGGGGGCGGCAGCCAUCAGCCAGACUCUCUCCUGAGCCGUAGUAUCCGCCACUUCAGCCUCUAUCUUCAGAGAGAGCCCACGGACCCACAGAGGCAGGCCAUCCGCUCUGCCAUCUCACACCUCCGCAAAGAAAGAGACAGACUCAGAGACUCUCGGCAACAGAAACACUAGACUCUGUGGAAGCGUUCUCAAAAACCUCGGGACCCUACUACCCUGUGUAUGUGUGUGUAUGUUUAAACAGCCUCAGAUCAAGAGGGAUGACUGGGACAUGCUUAAAAAGUUUGACUGUUAAAUGCUGAUGCUGGUAUGAUCAUUUGUUCAAAGAACAAAGAAUAAAGAGAAGAGAAGUUUUUUUUACUUUCAGUGUAAAUCAGAUGAUGUAUGGUUGGAAUUUAGAAGAUGACUGAUUUAUGUUUAAUGAUAAUGAUGAAGGCUGUACAAACAUUUUCUAAAUAUUGUGUUGUAAAGGUUGUUUUUAUAACAUUUUGUUAAGACAAGGGAAAAGCAUAGUAAUUAAUGUUGAACUGACAUAAAGUAGAUAUUUCCACAA